AUGACCAAACAAAAACAAAAGCAAACUAACAAUUCAAGUGAUGCAGAUACUAAAACGGAGUCCAGAAGUUCUAAUAAUUCAAAAUCAGAACGUCCACGAACAGUUCAACCUAAAGGUGAUAGUCAUUGGGAAGGAACUUGUUCAUAUUGUGGACAAUUUUAUCCACAUGCUAAACCACAUACCUUAAGAUAUUCUGACGAACCUAUAACAAAUGCUAAUUUACUUUUAGCUAAACAAAAAAAAAUAGCCAAACAAUCUGAAUUAACUAAUUG